AUGUCCAUAAAGUCGCAAAAAUCAUUAAAUGACGAGUGCUCUGAAAUAUUUGAGAAGAGUUACUCAGUGAGGAGUGACUCGAAUGAAAGCCUCUCCUGUGAUGAAGACGAGGAUUCCUUAUCCAGGGAACUUUUGAAGAAACUCACGCCGGCCGUGCUCAGCAAACUCAGGCGUAGCUUUAAAAAAGCUAAAGAGAGAAACGCAGCGAGAGAUAUCGAACGCCGAGUAGAGGAGGUGAUGCGAGCCGCCGCGGCAGAGGAAGGCAUAGAAUUUGCGACGCCGGUGACGAGGCAACCCAACACCCUGUACCUGGACGAGACGAGCUUUGUGGCAGCCUUGGAAAACAUUUUUGGUCAUCACAAGUACACAACCCAUGCGCACCAGCUUUUCCAAGUAUUAGACGCGUUUGGUAGCGGGCGAGUGUGGUGGAAGCAGGUAGUAGCGAAACUGGUAGCAGCAGGUGCUAGGAGUACGACCUCCAGAUGUGAGAGAUGGAGCCCCGUCAGGAUUGGAGGGAUGAUGAAGCUGGAACACUGUAAGAGGGAAACGAUAAUAAAACUCGUAAAUAUAGAGAGAGAGCACUCUUUCUGCUACGCGGCGGUGACGAGGGGCGGUCGCGUGGGAGUGUACAGCGGAGAACUGCAGCUUCUAAGCUCUUACGAAGUAUUUUAUCACCGAACAGGAAUUCAUCGUCGAGUCAAGAAUUCUUGGAUCACAGACGCUGUUUAUUUGAGUGACGUACAGUGUCUGUUACUGUCAGCAUCUGAUCGCAGCUUGGCUAUAUACGAUGUGACCACUCUGACGCAUACGCCACUCUACUGUAUCACUGGAUUACCGAACAUACCCACAUGCCUGACAUACAACCCAACCAUGAAUGCCGGUAACGAGUCCGAGCUGAUCUUCGGCACGGAGAGAGGCGAUCUCACAAAAGUCCGGUUCCUACAGCCUCGUGUUUCACUUCUUUUUAUGAAGUUGCCAGAUAAUAUUAAUUACUACUAUUGGAUGGAGCUCUUCAAUGCUCCCCAUACAUCCUACUGCAGCAUCACAAAUUGGCGGAAAGUCCAUUCACGCUCUGUUAGACGCGUGAGACACGCGAGAGAUGGCGAUAUCGUACUGUCCUGCUCGCACGACACGUCAGUCAGCGUUCGUUCGAGACAUGCUCUCGGAAAACUAGCAGAUUAUGUGUUUAAAGUGCAAAGAGGCGUCUCCUGCUUCCAUAUGGUGCCGUCGCUGCACAUGUUGGUGACAGGAAGUCCGGACGGUAUUGUUCGUUUGUGGGAGAGUCCUCAGAGCUCGCCAUUCGCGUCUCUUUCUAUUCCUGGAUCACCAGCUGUACUUGAUGUCGCCGUCGUCGUCGCUUUAGAAAUUAUCGUUGCUUAUUGCAGUAAUUGUUAUUUACAUAUUUGGGAUUUGUAUGAAGAGUGCCUACUUCAAACCGUCAAAAUCAAGUUCCCUUUUCUUGGAGUGUUGGGCAAGAGGGUGGAGUUCGGAACCUACUCAAUACAUCCUGGUCCUCCCCGAAGAGAAGAAAUGGAUGAAGAUGUUCAGGAUAUUUUAGACGCGACGAGUUCACGGCGUGGUUCGAGCGUGUACCGAGGUUCCACGGGGGGAUUGAUAUUAAUGACAGAACCAGCUCAAGCUUCUUGGGAUCAGAGGGGACUGGAGCAAGAUCCAGAAAAUAUCCGAUUCAAUCGUUCCGAACUCUUAAUAACCUGUUGUGACUACGUCUGUAUCAUCGUUCUCCGAGACAACCACGGGUCUCCUCUGCCUCCACCUGGAGACACACUGAGAGCUAGACGACCUUCGUUUUGGGAACUACCCGCUGAUUUAAUGUCGCCAAUAGUACCGGUGACUGCCAAGCCUGCGCCACCAUCACCGAAGCUCCUUAAACCAGUAGCGAUUAAACAAUCAACACAAGAUCUCGAUGAGCUCUUAGAGAAAGCAGGACUGAGAGGAAUAUUGGAAAAGGACUUUGUAUUAAUGCAAGGUCUCAAACAUGACUUGAACAAGAAAUUGUACGAAAUGGAGGCAAAUAAAGAAGCCAUUCGAUCAGCGGUGACCGCCGGCGCGCCGUACCUCGCGCUAAAAAACUACGAACCAGAACCGCUACCGACAUUUGAAGAUCUUGCAGAAGAAUGUUCACGGGUCAUGAGACUGCUCCCAGGCUCCAGCGUCAUCGCGUCGCCGUCGGGAAGCGAGUUCUCUUCGCCGCGGAAUUCGAAGUCUUUCAAAUUAUGUAAAGUGAAGAAUAGUACAUAAAUCGAUUUAUCAGUUAAACAUAACAAGUUCGUAUUUGCAAAGCCAUUUAAAUUUUAAUCCAUUUUGUUACUUGUUAAAGUGAAUUAUUUAGAAAACAAUAUUAAUCUUGUUAAUUAUAUUUUUUUAUAAUUAGAGUGU